GGGUUUCUUAGGGUUUUGGUAGCUUUGUCAUUGGUUAAUUGGGGAAAGCGAGGAGGGAAAAAAGAAGCGAGAGGGAAGAAGGACGUGCUCUUCUUUCCGGGGAGGAACGGCGACGAGGGAGUAUGGAUUCCGGGAAGCCCGAGGGAAAGGCCGAUUCCCGGCCGAGCGGCGGGGCACUGGCGGCUGCACCGCCGGCGGGCGUCAUUCCCGUUCACCGGUUCAUCGUCCCCAAACCGGAGCCGAUCGAGAUGAUGGGGCUGGGGGCGUUCCAGAUCCUCCGGCGGCCGGCGUCCCGGAACAAGGACCGACACACCAAGGUCGAAGGCCGCGGCCGGAGGAUCCGCAUGCCGGCCGCCUGCGCCGCCCGGAUUUUCCAGUUGACGCGCGAGCUAGGUCACAAAUCCGACGGCGAAACCAUCAAGUGGCUCCUCGAGCAGGCUGAGCCGGCGAUCAUCGCCGCCACCGGCACCGGAACUGUCCCCGCAAUCGCCACCACCGUCGGCGGCACGCUCAAGAUCCCCACCGAGGCGCCGUCCUCCGCCCCGGUCACCUCCACGUCCGCCGCUGCGGCGGACGACCCCGCAGCGAACGGCGAGGACGCGGCCAAGAAGAGGAGGAGGAAGCUUCAACCGUUGCGAAGCGGUGGCGGGGCCGUCGUCGCCGGUUACUUCCCCGUCCAAGACCCUCUGCUGUCCGGAGACGGGGCCAUAUCAAUACCGGCGGGACUGGCCCCCGUAGGCGCGAGCGGGACGCAGGCGGUGAUCCCGUUCUGGACAAUGGGCGGAGCCGGCGGUGCCACCGGGGCUACGUCGAUCCCGCCGGGGGCGCUAUGGAUGGUGCCGCCCUCCGCCGCCGUGGCCACGGCGCCGUCGAGCCAGGCGCAGAUAUGGACGUUUCCGCCGGGGCCGCAGAUUAUCAACCUUGCGUCGGUCCAGCCAGUGUCUGCAACCGGCGCGGCGGGUUCCCCGGCGGCACCCGAUAGCAGCGAUGCUGCGCCGGCAGCCGCACGGAAGCCGGGGUUGCAGCUGAUGGCGGGGCCCCGCGAGCGUCAUCAAGGGGCGGAAGAGGACUACGAAGACGACGACGACGAGGAGGACGAGGACGACAGUAGUCCCGAAGAUUAGGAUUAGGAUUAGUUUCUAAUGUGGAAGGCUUAGCUUUCCCUUUUCCUUGCUUUCUAAUUUUGCUUCUUUUAACUCGAUUUGUAGUAUGUGUCGUCUCUUCCUCGCCAUUUCACUAGAGUGAGUGUGUGGGACCAAAGAAUGGGCCACCACCUACUUAGUAA